CGAUGCCGUAGCCGGCUGCUCCCGCUGCGGGUGGCUCUGGCUGUUGCUGUGGUUGCCUGAGUUGCUGCUGCGGCGGCGGCGGCGGUGCUGGUGGAGGUGUCGGCCCUUGGGCGGAUGUUGACAUUGUGUUGUUGUUAUUGCUGAUGAUAAUGGCGGCGACGGCGACGGCGACGGCCGGGACCCCAUCUCCUCUGUAGCCGGAGCCGAGGCAGCCAAGAUCGAUCUCCGCGGCCUCUGAGCCCGCGGCAGCGACUCCCCUCAGCCUCCGCCUCCUCGCCAGCCCUUAUCCCGGCCCCAGCCCCUGGAGUCAGGCCCCUUUGGGCAGGGGGCCUUGGAGGCUCAGGAUGGCGGAUUUCGACGAGAUCUAUGAGGAGGAGGAGGACGAAGAGCGGGCCCUGGAGGAGCAGCUGCUCAAGUACUCGCCGGACCCAGUGGUGGUCCGCGGCUCCGGUCACGUCACCGUAUUUGGACUGAGCAACAAAUUUGAAUCAGAAUUCCCUUCUUCAUUAACUGGAAAAGUAGCUCCUGAAGAAUUUAAAGCCAGCAUCAACAGAGUUAACAGUUGUCUUAAGAAGAACCUUCCUGUUAAUGUACGUUGGCUACUUUGUGGCUGCCUUUGUUGCUGCUGCACAUUAGGUUGCAGUAUGUGGCCAGUUAUUUGCCUCAGUAAAAGAACACGAAGAUCGAUUGAGAAGUUAUUAGAAUGGGAAAACAAUAGGUUAUACCACAAGCUGUGCUUGCACUGGAGACUGAGCAAAAGGAAAUGUGAAACGAAUAACAUGAUGGAAUAUGUCAUCCUCAUAGAAUUUUUACCAAAGACACCGAUUUUUCGACCAGAUUAGCAUUUACUUUAUUUAUAGAGACUUUCCAAGUAUGUUGUCUUUCCAAUGGUGCCUUGCUUGGUGCUCUCCUGGUGGUGACAUAACAUUGGUUCUACAGAAUCGUGUGGUGUUUUUUUCUGUUUUUGUUUUUUUUAAAUAACCGCAUGUUCUAAGUGUGCAUUUUUGUCAAACUUUGCAAAUUAUUUCAUACAGAUGUUUAAUACUUAAGUUAUUGUGCUCUUUUCUGUUAUGUAUUCUGAUUUUCAAGGAUUACUUUUUUGUAUUAUCGAAAAAAUACAUUUGAAAUUAGCAUAAAAAGUGGCCAGCCUUUUUUAUUUUAUCACCAAGGUACACACAGUCCUUUAUUUAUUAAUUCCAUAAUAUAGAAGAACACUUUUGUAAGGCUCUACUUACCUAUUCUAGCAAGCACACUCUUUGUAUUAUUUUUCUUCCUUUUAAAAUUUAAAACAGUUAUUAUUUUAAAAUAGUAAGUUUUCUUUAAUAGCUUUUUGGAACCUAACAUAUCCUUUCCCAUACAAUUCCUAAUGCUCUGUUUACAGCAGAAAUAUCUGUAACAUUAUGAAGACCUAUCAAAAAUUUUUGACAGUAUUUCUGUCUUCAGAGGUAGUAAGGCAGGAUUAAAUUAUUUUUAUUAGAAUAGACAAAUAAUGAAUGGUAUGCAUGCACCUAAUGGUUACUAGAGCUCAGGAUCACAAAAUAUAGUAGCAUUACAAUCUGUGUAUAUUUUUAAUCAAGAUGAUAAUAAUGGCCUUACUUGCAUUAUUUUUUAUUGUUUAUCAAAUCUUAUAUAGCAAAGUAUGGAAAUACUCCUUUUAAAAAUUUCUAAGGAAAAUAUUUCUCCCAGUCUAACAUAAUUGUAGAAUGGAUGUAUGUUUCUGAAAGGUUUUUGAAAGAAAGCAAAAGUUGUAGAAUUAAAAGUAAGCUGGUGUUUAAUACCCCAUUGAUAUUUAGAAGAGAUUAUUACUAAGAAAUGGAGGACGUAUUUAGUACUGUUUUUAUCCACUAGUUCGCUUUCAGUCCAGUUAUGUAUACUUUUUUGAUUGAAAAUGUGACAUAUAAGUUUAAUCAGAUUAGCUUGUUUCUUUUAAAUAUAUACAAACAUACAUAUUUUUUCCUUCCUUUUGUUGUACAUAUCUCCAUGCAUUUUAAAACUUUCUAAAUUUCUGAAUGGCCUGUGUGUAAAUUUUUGUUUUUAUAGACCUGAAAUUAUAAAGGUUUUAAUGUGUGUCAAGAACUUGUUCCAUACAACUGUGGUAUCUAGCAAUAAUGUGAAUAACUUUUGAAAUUAUAUAAACUAUGCUUACUAAUUUGUAUUAAGAAUUGGUACCACUAUACAGUAUCUUUUCUCCUUGUAUUAAAUCUUUUAAAUACCAGUUUCAUUAA